AUGUUCAAGAAUAAUUACCAGGUAAGCUCACCUAGCGAUGCAGUCCGACGCUUAAAAAUGCUUGCGAUACAUGUUAAAGCCUUUUUUUAAGCUACUGUAAGUCCGGUGAAACCAUGCAGGCUAAUACAGAGAACUAUAACGGUGUGUCUGGUAGGAUGGAAGAGCUGUGGAAAUCUUCAGUGCACAGGGAAAAGACCCUGUAGCUAAAUGGAAACUUAGCGGAGGACCUUCAGUCAUACAUAAGGUGAGUCUUUAGAGAGUUAAGCUUAUUUUUGAGGUGAUAAAACAAGUAGUCUACAAACAAAGUCAAAAUGACCUAAUCUUUCUGUAAAACUAUCACACUACUGCAUAAUUUAUCUGUCAUAUUCUUAUAUUUAUAGUCUGUUUAUAGCCUUCAUAUUUAUAACCAUAUGUAUAAUCUGUUCAUAGCCUGUACAUACUUAUUCACAUAUUCAUAACAAUGUUAUAUACCCGUGAUAUACUCAUGUAUAUAUCUCCUUCAUAACCUGUACAUUUGUAAAUAUAUUUAUACUUGUUAAGCACUUCUGGAUGGAUGCAAACUGCAUUUCGUUGCUCUGUACUUGUGACAUGUGCAAUGACAAUAAAGUUGAAUUCUAUUCUAUUCUAUUCUAUUCUAUUCUAUCACAGGGCAUGUAUCAAUAGACAGCUAUACCUGCCUAUCAUAACAAUAAACUAUGCACUCUCAUGUUCAUUAGCUAUUACACAGAUGUUUUACGUGCACAAACUUAUUUAAUCUUUGGAUUGCAUUACCUGAGAAUUCUUGCUUUAACAUGUUGACUUUACAUUUCAAAUUUUAACACAUUAAAAACAUUUGCAUCCAUCAAAAGCAGUGGCACCGAAGAAACAGGCAGCACAUUAUGAUGGUCCUACCUAUAAGGACUCUUUUUGUAUUAUGUCUUUCUUUAGGAGUAUGACAAAGAAGGCAAGGGAUUUGUGUACUGCCUGGAGGGAAGCAGCCAGACAGUCAAGAUGCAAAUGCCAGAAAAUGGGAAAACGUCUCGUAAGUCAUGAACGUAUUCUCAACUAUUUGUUAUUUCCACAUGUUCAGAGUAAUUUACUGUUUUGUUUUUAUCUUCACAGUGGGACUUCUCCAGAGAUUCUUGGUCCUUCAAGUGAAUAUUCCUCGCCUGAAAGACUUCUCAAUAGAGCUUGCGUAAGUUUCGGAGCAAGGAUUCUUAAUACACUCAUUAUAAUUUAGACAGUGCACGGCCACUUACUUGCUUACUAGCAUUUGAGAGUGUGCUCUGUUGUAGAUCACAAUAAAUCCGCACUUAUUCAAGAGCAUUUAUAACAGUUUUGUCAUGGUACGGUAUGGUAACCGUUAUCAUAUUUAGUAGAGUCAAUUAACAGUCAUGUUUAGAGUUAACAUCAUAAUGAAGAGUAGGAACAUAAUUACUGAUUUAAGGAGAAUCCCCCUCAGACCGCUGGAAAAAUAGCAAAAAAACAGCUUGUUUACAUCCAGGAGAGGAGCCCCCUGAGCCACCUGAAAAAAAAAUGCUUCAUAUAUGCAAGAACUGCUUAAAUAGCUAUUAAGAUGGAGAUAAUAUUGAACUGUUCGCUGCAAAGAUGGCUUUUAUCUUGCCAGUUGAGGUAAAUUGGACAAGGUUGUUUGCUAAAAAGGAUAAAACUUUCGAGAAACAUCACAAUUUAUGAUGAACGAGUGAGUAGUCAUUGUUUUUAUGAUUAAUAAACACAAUUUAUGCAAUCAAAAUCUUUAAAACUCUCUCACUCUACUCUCCUUACAAAUAAGAUUAACUCAGUUAUUCAUUAAAAGGUGCCACCAUCUGGAUUAUGAGAACCCAUUGGGGAAUUGGUAAAACAUUCAAGCAAUAAUCCAUUUUGUAUGACAAUUUUUCCUUUGACUAGCACAACAUCGUUUCAAGAGUCAAGAGAAAUUUCAAUGCCAUUGCUCUUCUGCCUCAUAUUAAAAAUUGAAUGAAAUCACCUUUUAUAAAAACCAUACAUCUCUGGCCUUGACUUCUCACUGACACUACUUACAUUUUGACUUCAUGUUCUGUUUCUGCUCCACUCAGUAUAACGGAUUCACAGCACCUGAAAAGGAGACUCCACUUGUCAACCGUGCACAAAGAGUUAUAUGCCACACCACUGCAUGCAAGGAUACCUCUUAAAGGAUUAGAGCGCAAUAUUGUGAGUACUCAACUCAUAUCUGGCGUAUUCUUUUGGUAUAUGUGCGUCAGUUGUGUGCUUCUUUUUAUCGAUGUCAAUGCCUUAUUGAGGGUACGUUUGAAAUAAUCCUUUUGCUUUUAUUUCAGUGGUCUUCUUUGUGCAUCGACCUUGUUUCAUUCUCCGAUGAACUGUUCAAAGGUUUUCUGUCUUUGGAUGGCAUUACUUUGUAUGCAACCUGUAAAGUCCGCAGGAUCCUCACAAUUAAACCAGAGCCCUCAGAAAUUUCACAUGACGGUAAUGAGAUUCUUCACACCUAAAAGAAAUAUUUUGAAACAUAGAUUUUACUAGCUUGCCUGUAAUUCUGUCAAUGACUUGUAAUUCAGGACAUUUCACAGCAGAUCGGCUUAUGUGUAUGGACAAGAAUUUGGCUGCAUUUUAUGAUAUUUAGUUUUUGUUGCAGUACUCACUACUACUGUCAAAACUGGCUCCCCGGUGCACAUCUUAUCUACUUGCCAGGAAAAAGCUCUGAAUUUUUAGAUUUUGUAUUUAAUCGAAAUGUAUUCUUUCCCAUUUGAUCUCAUAGCCUGAUAUCAAUAUGUUUUCAAUUAUGCUUUUACUCUAGGUACAUUCCUCAGUGAAGCCAGUUAUAUGGACUUGAUCACUCGUAGUUGCCACUUCCUACCAGGUGUCUGCCAUGUAAUUCAGGUGCUGAACAUGCAGAGUUUACAGAAGGCAGAUGUGAAACCUGAACUGUUGACCUCUGACUCUGGUAGGUAAGAGCAAAUUAGAGUACAUUUUUUCUUGUACAGAAUUAGAAAAAAAGUUAUGAGAGCUUAACAAAGUUAGUACUUUACAUAACUUUCCUAACGUCUCAUCGCGUCUUUGCAUUGACUUAACAUGUAAGUAAUUCGCACGAAUGAUUUUACUGGCGCUUGGUGUGUGGAGACAGUUCGACUUUCCCUGGCCUUUGGGGUCUGUCUUAAACUGGUUCAAUAAUCCAUUCCUCUGAAGACUGUUACAACCUGUUUUUUUAUCUUAUUUUUUAUUUAGUAUUUUAAAUGGAUGCUUAGUCAGCAGAAAUGGUGUAACAUCCUGCUGCUUUACCAGCCAGAUCACUGGUCGCAAAUACCUCAAGUGCAACAUGUCAGCGCACUAUCCAUAAUUAUAUAGAAUUGAUGAGUUGAACACAGACUCACUGCCUGACUCACUGAUGCACUUGUGGCUGAGUAGGAGAAACUCUGGCUGUAACAGCAUCAUUAUAUCCGUGGUUUUUUUUUUGAUAAGAUGCUAAAAGACCAAAUGUGACUGCAGUGCUCAAUUAGCCUCAUAUUUUUGUCCAUUGACAGGCUGUCUCUCAAAAGGCAAACACUCUCUCUGAAGAAUUUGUCCAGAGUCUCGGGGGGGCUAAUGAAAAAAAAAAUCCAAGACAAAAUAUCAGUCAUAAUCCACUGAUUAAAUGUUCAUUAUACCAAGAGAAGCAUCAAAAUGGUGUCACAAAGAGGAAUUGCUUUAUACCAAGAGACAGGGUUGAUAAUCGAUUUGUUUUCCCCCGUAUGAUAUUCCUGUGGUUCUCAUUUUUGUGUUCAUUUGCACCUCACCUGUUCUCAGUGAGCUGCAAUUAUCUUCUCAUAUAAAAAGACAUGCAUCAGUAAUCCAGUUCCGCCGCCUCUGUGGCCUUUUUUAUCAGCGCUUAUUUAUUUGUUCUGACAGCUGUCGAAGUCAUGUCGAGUCAACCAGCAAUGCCCAAAAGAAGAGAGCAGCAACCACACACAAGAAAUGGCUUUUCAUAAUUAGCAUCUGCAUUAUUAGCAUAACAUUCCUAAUCAUAAUUAAAACGAUUGCUAUUAAAGUAGGCAUACAAUUUCACUGUGACAAAGUUUCUCGGUGACUGUUGUGGCUCCAGUGCCCAAUCUGUCAGAAUCUGUUAAAAGUGAGACAGUAGUUUUUGUCACGCAACAACAAACAAACCUUCAUUAUCUAUUACACCAAAGAUGCUUUGUUUUUCUUAAGGUCAAAACAUUUUCACAUGUCAAAGUCACUUCUCAAAUCACGCUUUUAGACGAUCAACUAUCAUUUGAGUGUUGUAUGUUCCCUUUUACAUCCCCCAUUAUUUUGUAUGUACUUUUUCCUGGGCCAUACUCUGUGCUGUGUCUUGAUAAAUCGGAAGUGGAGCAUGCUUCUCUUCUCUUCUCUUCUCUUCUCUUCUCUUCUCUUCUCUUCUCUUCUCUUCUCUUCUCUUCUCUUCUCUUCUCUUCUCUUCUCUUCUCUUCUAUCAUUGUAAUAGUCCUAUGUGCUUUUUGAAACGGAAGUGCCUGCUCUGCUCUUUGCUCCGAUGAGGAUAAGGCAGAAAGUGUGUUUUGCUUUUAACAUCAAGGUUUGGUUGUCACAGGUUGUGGGCUCAUCCCUGCACCAACAACAGCCCCUAUGCAUACUGAUGUGAAACAGGAAGUUAGAAAUAUUGAUAGAUAUCACUCACUCUGGCACAGUCUAAUUGCAACCAAACAUUUUCCUUUUUACACUUUCAUCCACUGGACUCAGGCAACUUAAAAGUUUACAAGUGUCUGUGAUUUGUUUACUGAGACAAUUUAAGACCAUUUCUAAGACAAGAUUAGAGUCCUAAGGAAAGUAAAAUCUCACCAAGGGAUUUCUUUUUUCACAUCCAGAUAAAUCUGCAACGACCAAAGCACCCAAUACUCGAAGAACCAGGCCCCAGGGUGUCUCCAACUCAGCAUCAGCCUCCAGGGUUUCAGGGUCACCCUCACACUCUGGAAGAAAAAGCACUGCGACUUCAGACAGAACGGAAAAAAGUUUACACCCUAUCUCAAUCGCGGUACACACACAUGAAUCCUGUCAGAUCUCUCCAGCUUGAUUUGUACCAUAAGGUGGAGUUAUAAUGUUAUACAACAUUAGAAAAUGUUUCUGUUUCUCUGUGCCUCACAGGGAUCCUCCGUCAGUAGAGUGAAGCAGAAAGUUUCAGCGGAAAGCCAAAGCACAGCCGACCUGAGUGAGAAUUUAUCACACAGAGAACCAAGUUCACACAUCCUGCCCGAGGGUAAAUUUCAGUAAAAGUUCAUGGUGCAGUUUAAUCAAGUCUGCCUGGUUCCUCUACAUAAACAUGCCCUGGUUACUCAGAUAUUAGAUCAGUAAAUAGCUUUUUAUCACUUUUUGUAUUAUUCUUUUCUUUUUGUUUUUGAAGCUGGUUCUAUAGUGUGCAUCUAGCAUGAGGUGCACAAAAUUGCUCCUUGUAGUAAAUGGGUUUGCCUUGGCGACUGUGUACUUGUUGAAAAAAAGUGGAAGUAGCAGAAAAAAAGAGUCAUGGGUGAAGAACUAUAAAAGGAAUGGCUACAUUUACAGUACAGUGACGGCGAACAGGUGCAGAAGUAGAGCAGUUAUUGGGGAAAAAUGCAGCGUUUUUGUAAAUACAGUCAGCUGAAGGGAAGCAAACAAUAAGGACUAAGAAUAGAGUCCAGCAGAAAGGCAACUGCCGGUCAAAUAUUUCUUUUCACAGGAAAGAAAUGUGAAAUUUUUGGAUGUGCACAAAUGCUGCAAAAAGUAGUAGUUAAAAACUUUGCAUUUGGUGAGAUCAGUGCUGUGCAAUCAGAUUUAAUUUCUAAGCAAAUUCAGUUGAAAUCCACCAAGUUUUGACAUGUCUUGAAUUUGGAUUGAUUUACUUAAGUACUAUUGUUCACUCACAAUGGACAGCAAGAGUUAUCUGUAGAGUGAGUGUUCCCCUUAUAAUAAAGGCCACUCACAACCAUAUUGCUGGAGGUGCUAUGGAAGAUUGGAGGAUUCAGUUAUUAACUGUAACUAAGUGGCUCAAAAGUUAUUCAGCAGAUGAGGAGGAGCUAUGAUGUCAAUUUGAAGAUUAUGGUCCUCUCUGCAGCAGAGUCAUUAAACGACUCUAAAGCAGCCAAGAAUUAUGGCGCACAGAGUGUCUAAAAAUGACCUGCUCCACACCCAUGUGAAUAUGUUACUAAAAAGCAGAAAGAAAGGAUGCCCAUUACCAGACUGUUCAUCCGUUGAAUAGUUUCUAGGGUUAUUUUGAAAUUUUGUAGUUUUUAGAUGCUGAUGCUGUGAACAGUUCUUGAAUUUGAAUGCGCUCACAUCAUUUUGAAAAGAAUUCAGAAUACAAUUUUACACAAAAGGUGUCAAAAACAAAAUUUUACUUGCUUGUGUCUAAUGGGUUAUCAUUAUUUGAAAUUACAAUUAUUGUCUUAAAAACAGAACAAGAUUUGGUCUUUAAAAAAUCUCUAAAAAGGCUUAAAAAGGGUGGAGGUGAGAUUUUAACCCUCCUCCUGUCUUAGCUUUUACUACGCAUCAGUUUGACCCGUGUCUUAAAGCAGCUGUAAAUUACACUGAAAACAAUUCUCUAUCAUCCAAUUUGGUUCUCAUCUCUAGGUUACCUUGUUAGGCUUCAUUAUCCAUGAAAAUAUUGCUUGUAUUAUUUUUUGUUGUGGUCCUCUGGGCCUUUCUUUGUCAGUAUACCCCUCAUACAGAAAUCUUGACUGAACUGAUCUCACAUGUCUGGACAUGCCUGAUGUUGUUUUUUGUGCAGGGAAAAACAUGGCAAAAUGAGAAUUUCCUAAAUCUCACAUGAUUGAAAGAGGAUCUGACUGUCAGUGUGGUGCCUGACAGUACCCCUAUGAUUACAGUUUUUGCUCUGAUUAUUAGAUAUUAGUCUAACCAGGUCAACAGCAACCCUAACAUGACAAGUGCCAUAAUUUUAAUAAGAGCAUUUAAUAAUUUAGUCAACUAGUUUUUUUUUUAUUUUGUCGAAAUAGAGGUUCCUAACAAAGUCAAAAAGAUGCAAAAAUACAAAUUUAAGUGGUUCUUUUCAGCAUUUAAAAUAAAAAAUGGGCGGUGCAAAAAAGGGGUCAUUUCAUAUCCAGGCCAAUUGAGUAUAUAAUGGCAGAUCAGUGUUGUUUUAUGACCUGCAUUAUUUGGCUUGCUGGUUAGGCAUGUGUCAGGAUUUAAAAAAACGUGCCUGUGCAGGUGUUUCACUUUAAGCCUUCGUAGGUUUUGAUAUAAAGUUAAUUAGCACAGAAAUGGAAGGUCAAGAAGGAGGAAAAAAUGACAUUAAGGAGGACGAGGAGGAACGAGGAGCUACAAAAGCUAUUAAGUCUAGUUGAUUUUGACUUCCUCCCUGUAAUCCCCUUGAUGACAGUGAACAAUAUCUGCUCAGUACGUCUUCAUUCAAUAUAUAUACCAUAAAGAUCAGUCUCAUCAGUGUGAGACUCAAGUGUACUUCUUACUCUCGAUGUACACUCCUUCCAUUACAGCUCUUUUUAGCUCUAUAGUGCGCACAAUUAUCCUUCUGAGAGCUGUCCAUCUGUGAAAGCAUUACAUGAAUGAACAAACCUACAAAAAAAGAGCUCUUAUAGUCUCUCAAGCACCUAAUAGCAGCUUUUAUACCACUGGUAAUACACCGCCCUUUGAGCGUGACUGAAUGCAAAAAGGGAUGAUUAAAAAUUCCUUAAUUUAGCUGAAAAUAAUGUCGCUGGAUGUGUUUUCCCUGCGCUAAAUAAAUGUGAGAAUCUCAGCUUGUUAAAUGCUUUCAUUAAUAGGGAUCUUUGCGGUGCAUAAUCAGUAAGCUAAUACGCUUCUGGCAAUCUUGAAUAACUUUGUUGUUUAACUGUUUUGUGGCAUAAAGAUUUUUUUUACUACUUUGCGCAGGAACACCUGGCAGUCUGCAGCCACAUCCACCAAAAGAUAAAGUGUCUGACAAGAUGGGAUCCAAAAAGCUAUUAGUCAACAGUUCUGGAAAAGAGAAGCCAGCAAAAUCGAGUAAAGUGGACACACUGCGAGAUAAACUCUGAGAUUACAGCUUUGUGUUUGAUUUAAUGUGGUAAACGGUUUAAUUUUACCUCAAGAUGCCGUCGUACCAGGUGGCUGCAGAAAGAGAAGCAAAACAAGAGAGCUUUACCUCCCCCAAGAAAGCAGGCGGCAACCUCUGACCCCAACAGAAAAGCCGGAUGACCCCCCAGCAGGUGAGACUGAGCAGGACAGCAGGAAGAAGCAGCAGGUAGAUGUGAGCGCUUUCUGACUGAGCAAGGGAAUAAAAGGUCCAAAAAGACAGGAAGCAUUUGGCGAAAAAGAAAUAAUGAGUCUGAUGAGUGUUGUUGAUGUCUACUCUCUGCAUGCUUUGAUUUUUAACAAGUAGCUAUUUCAUACUUGUGAAAAACACCUAUUCUUAAUUCAUAAAUCAUAUCACUUCAAAAAUAGACCAUGAAUUUUAAUGAGCCUCAUUCUAUGCAGCAAACGCCAUGGCUUUUGUUCUCCUUUUAAAUUCUGCAUAACCCACACCAAGGCCAUUUUGCAGGAUUUUUGUAGAAGAGAAUCCUUACUCAAAAGCAAAAAAUCUUCCACAGACACACACCUACAGCUGCGCCGUCCCCACAAAAAUGAGAGCUCGUGCUUUGAAAGCUCAUUUAUGAUGUUUCUCCAUAGCAAUAAGUCCCUUUGCUGCAGUCCUGGCCACAGACGGAAAGUAGUCAGUUCAUUAAUGGUAAUGUGGCACAUUAAAUAAAAGUCAGAGGGACAUCAGAGGGGCCCGGGGUCUGCCACACAGUGGGCAAUUAGAGGAAGUGAUUAUACUGUCGAGAGGUUCAAAUGUGCUCGCUCAUUCAGAUAGAGGUGCAGCUUUCUUUGAGCUCAGACCUAUCGGAGAGUUUAAGGUUUCAGUCUUUUCCUUCAAGCACACAUGAAUGGAUUCAACUUUUCAUUCAAGAUGGAAAAGAAUCUGCCCACUGUGCUUUACCACAUGACAGAGGACAGGUAGCACCACUUUAGGAUCUUCUCUUCCAGCACAAGACCAAAUGACUGAUGCGAUGUGAAGGUAUAUUUGCUCGGAAAAUAGGGUUUCCAAACCAGUUAUCUCCUUUUAUGCCCCUGAGCCUGUGAUAGCCGUGGCUGGAGGCAUUAUGUUUGCAUUUUGUCCAUCUGCCUGUUUAUCCGUCCGUCUGUCCAUCCGUCUGUUCUAUUCUUGUCAACAUGAUUUCUCUGGCACACCUUGAGAGAACUUAUUGGACUCAGAGAUAAACAGAUUAGAAGUUUCAAAUCAAAUGUUGAGAUUCCUAUGAUGGCCUUUAAAAAAGUUUAGGAUCACAAAUGAAGAACUUUUAUGUUUAUUUCCGUUAAAUAGGCCAAAUUAGGAGGGUAAAGUUUCAGAAAAAACACUUUUGAUUCACCUUUCUUUUAUGCCAUAAAUCAGUAAAAAAGGUGAGAUUAGGACCAUAUUAGGACACUUUAAUAAAUGCUGUUUGACUUGAAGCCUUGUGAUUUUACAGAUUCUCUUUGUUACACAAUUUUAGGUAUUAUGGACCAUCCACAUAGUAAAGUUUGUUACAAAAUCCAUAUUCAAAACAUCAUGUUGUGCCACGGCAUCAUCUUCUGGGUUUUUAUUCCUCUUAAUGAAGUUACACAUCUGCAACUAGACAGGCUGGAGGAGUCAUAUAACCCCAGGGCGGCAAUUCUUGUUGAUGGAGAUCUUCCAUUUCGCGAGUGAUGAUCUUGCAGUAAACUGCUGUUGUUGCUUUUGAUGAUGCUGUUUAUGUUGUAAUGUUUUCAUAAAGGUGUCUUCAUAAAAGGUGUUAGCAAAGCAGAGCUAUUACCAAAACCCACAAAAAUGUCAGUGCAGGAGGAAUUAAUGGGGAUGUUUGGCAAGCUUUGGAACUAAUUAGGAAUUUGCAUAUUGUUAUUAUGAAUAAGGUUUAUGGGCUUAUAAUCAACUAAACCUGAAUGACAUCAGCCGCAUAGUCUCCAAGUUAAAAAAGGCUUUAUCUAGUUUCAUAAUGGCAUGCUAUAAAAGAGGAUUAGGGCCACAAGAAGAGGAAAAAAUUACAAGAGGGAGAUUUUUUAAAUUUUCAUUUCAAGAUUAAAGUCAAAAUUUCAAGAUUAAAGUUGAAAUUUAAAAUAGUCAAAAUUUACAAAAUCGUAAUUUCAACACCAGAAUCGUAAUUUCAAGAUUCAAAAAAUCUAAAUUGAGUGAAUAAAGUCGAAAUUUUGACUUUAAUCUUAAAAUUUAAAUUUUCUUAACCUCGAAAUUUCGACAUUAUUCACGACAUUUUGACAUUUUGUAGUCUUGAAAUUUCGACUUGUAUCUGAAAAUUUCAAUUUUAAUCUCAAAAUCCCACUUUUAUCUCAAAAUUUUAAUUUUUUAAUCUCAAAAUUUCAACAUUAUUUACGACAGUUGGACUAUUUGUAAUCUGGAAAUUUCAAUUUUAAUCUUGGAAUUUCAAUUUUUGAUCUUGAAAUUUCGAAUUUAAUCUCAAAAUUUUAGUUUUUUAAUCUGGAAAUUUCAACAUCAUUUAUGACAUUUCGACAAUUUGUAAUCUGGAAAUUUCGACUUUAAUCUAGAAAUUUCAAUUUUUGAUCUCAAAAUUACAAUUUUAUCGACAUAAUUCCAAUUUUAACCAUGAAAAUUUGACUUUUAUCUCGAAAUUUCAAUCUUUAAUCUCAAAAUUACGACUUUAUCGACAUAAUUCUGAUUUUUUAGUGACUUUAAUUCUGAAAUUUCCACUUUCAUCUCCUUCCUGUAAUUCCCUAUUUUUCUCUUCAUGUGACCCUAAUCCUCUUUCGUAGGAUGCCCAUCAUUGCUCUGGGUUUACAGCACUCUGAGCCUUAAAUUUUAUCCUAAAAAAUAUUCAUCUGUGUGUGUUCCACAUAAAGAUCUUAGGUUAACGCUGGUUUCUUUGUUUUUUGCUUUUAAUGUAGAUGAGGGUUGCAACAGUUCAGACAAGGAAAGUUUAGAAGCUGCUCCCACACCUGCAGAAUCUGUCUCCUGUACGGACCGGACCACUUUAUGUGCUGACCUGCAGGUCUGCAGCAGCUGGGAGAGUCAUGAGGAGUCUGAGCCUGAGCUCACUCUGCAAGAGGUGUUCACUUUCCAAUCGCAGCCACACUCACCCAGACGAGGGCGAGGCCAAGGUGAGCAGGAGAAGCGGGAGAUGGGGGAGAAGCAGGUUCAAAGUGGCAGGAGGAGGCGACAUGAAGCCCUACCUGAGGAUGACUUCAUUGGGAGUGAAAGUGAAGAGGUACGCCUGCUUUUAGAAACACUUGCAAACUGUAAUCCAUCCCAAGAUUUAUUUCUAGGGCGUGAUGAGCCAGCUGUUGUAGUAUAACAUGUUCUCUAUCACGCUUACAGAAACAGGUUUUAAAAGGAUGCUUCGGCACAUUUAAAGGAUAUCUUACACUCUGUCUUAUCUUAUUCAAACAGUUCACUUCCAUUGCCCCCAUGGUUUGAUUUAAUUCAGGCAGUUUGAAGCUCGGUUUGUGUUGAUUUAAUAUUUUAGCUUUAGAGCGCAGUACUUCUUACCAUACAUUCCUCUCUACUCAGUAUAUUUAAACUGUAAAGGUCACAGGGCUUGUUAUCGUCGGUUAAUUUCAUAAGGGCUCUGAAGCUUUUAACAAAGAAUGGAAUCUUUUCUUUUUGCUGAGCAGGGAAAUAAGCUUUUGAACCACAAGAAAAAUAUUACCAUCUUCAAAGAAAUGCUAAUUACUUUUACUUAUUCAAAACUUCAUAAUAAGACUCAUAAUUCAGACCUAAGAACUCAUUUUUAUUGUGCAACUGAUUAGUUAAGCUUUAAUAUUUUCUUUUGGUAUCACAGUAAUGUAUUCAGCGCACCGUGUUGAAGACAAAAUCCUCUUUGUAAGAAAGAAACGAAGAAAAACAUUUGCUGGUGCCGUAUCUUAAGUGCAUGUGGCAGACCGUGUAUAUUUUCCUUUUGUUGAUAUCUUCCUGUGUGAUGUGGGUGGGGUAUCGAAGAGAAUGUCAGACCGUUUUUGUGAAUUUCUACAUUGUAUGAACAAGUCAAGCAGGAGACAAACUGCCCUGAAACCGUAAAUGUCAGGUUUUGGUAUCAGCCUGUCUCAAUGCUGACUAUUUUCCAUCAACAAUGGCUGCAUGUUGCCAUGUCCAUGUAGAGAAAUAUAAAUCAAACCAGGAUAAUCUGUUUUGAAAAACUGCAUAUGAAUCAGCCUCUGUCUGAAAGAAAGUGAUUUUUCUAUUUGUGACCUUUGUAAACUGCAGGAAUAAUCUGUCUUUCUUAUCCAGGGUCCUUUUUAUCAUCUUUAGAUGAUGAUUACAUUCUGUUUUUAGAGAUCUGUAUUAUCCGCUGCUGAAUGUGAAAGUCAUUUUCAAUUUCCAUGGCUUUCAUUUUCAUUGUUUACAAGCCAAACAUAGUUUAUAAGGAAAGCACUGCAGGACAUUUGACAAGCAGAGUUCAAUGUACAGCCUUGACCCUGGCUGAAAAACCACAGGCGUGCUUCGGACAUUCAGUGAGGUUGCUAGUGAUGUUACUUUUUACAGUUUGUACCUUUAAGAGUCAACAGUCACAUUAUUAGCCCACUGAGCAAUAGACGGCUAUUAGACGUCUAGUUUUUUUUAAACCUAAUUUCAAACAUCCAGAUUCUGUAUAUUUUUAGGCGGAAUUUAGACAUUGCACUUUAACCCAUUAUUUGCAAAAACUGAUCUCCAAGUACUUAACCAAAAUAAUUAGAAGAAGAAGAAGAAGAAAUUUAUUGAUCCCCGAAGGGAAAUUCAAUUGUCUGUUGUCUCACAUAUGUCUAUAAAAGUUAUCUAUUAUUUACAUAAGAGUUAUAAAGUCUAAAGGCUGUUGGUACAAAAGAUCUUCUAAAUCUUUCUGUCCUGCAGCGAAGAGAGAGGAGCCGUCCACCACCAUUUGCCCUUUGGUCUAUCAAGGUGUUGUGAAGUGGGUGAUCCAUGUUCUUGAGAAUAGUCUCCACCUUCCUCAGUGUAGAUCUCUCCAUUACGAUAGCCGUUGAGCAAUAUACAGUGUAGUAAAGAUAUAGCCAAGAUUUAGUCUUGGUUUAAACUUGGUCUUAAAUUAGACGUCUAAAAAACCUUUAGUUUUAGACCUGUGGUAGCCUGAUUUUAGACCAGUCGUCUAGGCUACAUUUAGUAUUAAACCUCUUUUAGACCAAAAAACGCUCAGUGGGAGGUUAUCCAUCCGGAACAAAAAAUAUCCCAUAGCACUUACAUUAAAAAGCUGUGAUUGGAAGGAAAUGCAUCCAUAAAAAAAAUAAUUCAUAGUCUCUCAAGAUGAAAUAUCACUUGAAAUGUGUCUGACGGGGUGUUUGAAAGAUCACCUCUUCAAAUUAACACAUGAAAAUCAGAUACCACUACCACCUGGUAUGAAAUUGGUUUGAAAACACAUAUGUACUUUGGUUCUGCAGUGCCAUACACUCAAUGUAAUUCAACAAUCAGCACACAGGAACAUAUCUGUGUUUUGUGGCUUUCAUCCCUUAAUGUUUUUUGUGAGGCAGUUGUUCAAGAAAUCGUUUUUCUUCAGAGAAGUGAAUGAGAGAGCCAAAUCUGUAAUCAAAAAACAACAUAAGAACAAAAUCACUGCUCCCUUAGAUAUCCAUUAGAUCAGAAAUUGAAUAAGCAGAGCCAGUAGGAAAUGAGAUAAGAGAAAAUAAGAAGAACUUUAUUAAUCCUCGAGGCACAGACUUUGGCAACACAGAAAAUUGUCUUAAAUGUCCUGGUUACAUACUGUGGGAUUCCUGGAGUUGCUGACGUGUAUUGAAAGGGUUCAUGUUGACACACAUCAGUAAAAGACAGUGAUUUAGCUAUUCUCUGUUGAGAUUUUUCUCUCCAGAAGUGCUGUGCAGCCUUUUCAGAGGGUGGCUGUGAGUUUUUUUUCCAGCAGUCAAACAUGGAAACAAAUGCAAACGCCAUACAUUUUCCUCUCAUUGGUUUAAAUUCACUGAGCCUUGAUCUGAAGUAACACUCCUGAAAAGGCUCAGGAAGACUCACAGACACUCAUAAGUAGGUUUAAGAAAGGGCUUUUCAUUCGGUUUUAUGAAUAAAAACACAUUCACUUUUUUGAAACACAAGGAUAAAGUGUUUUUUUUUUUGGAAAGCAACACUCCUUUUGAACACUACUUUAUAAUUUGACAAGCAAACUUGACGGUACAGCUUCAACUUUUUUUGCUAUUUUUCCACAAAUGUUUGUCGGGCUGUUUGCCCAAGUUUAUUUGAAAGUGAGAACUAAAUUUUAUCCAAGUGAGAGAGAGUUCUAUGUCUUUCAGCCAUGAUUUGACAGGUGGAGAUUGUUUUUUGUUGUUGUUGUUGUUUUUAACUUUUCUUUGCCGUGAUAAGAGUGUAAGAUACUCAUCCCUGUUGGCAUUUGUUAGGCUGAGAAAGAGACUCUAAACAGCACUUUGGGGUUGCUCAGGUUUUGAUAUUGUAUGCAAAAUUUCUAGAAGUAUUCAGCGUGUACUUUUCCAUAGUGGGGAAAGCUCAGGACAAUGACAUAUAAAAGCUUCUUCAUUCUGAAAUUUGUCAGAGGGAGGAGAUACUAAAGAAAAAAAUGCUCAGUUUUGUUUUAGUGUAAUAAAGUCUGUAAAUAAUCUUGAAUUGAGGGGGGUCCCUAUUGGUUAAGUGUUCUAUAUAUUCUUAAGAGACCUCUAGCUCUGCCCCAAAGUGAAGGCUACUGAAUAUGAUAGCAGUUAAAACAUGUUGACCGGUAACUUUAAUUCCUUUUUCAAUUCCAAAUAAAACUCGGGGAGCAGUGUCGCACCCCUACGUCUGUGGACCGCCUCCCCAGCGCACUGCCUCCAUUUCUCACCGCCUGCCAUCCCCAGUGCAAUGCUCUAAACUUUAUGAUGGUUGGUACUCGUGACCGCCUUUGAGUGUUGUAAGUCAUUUAGUGUAAAAAGACAUGGCCACACCCUUUGACCUAAACACGUGAUUUUUUAUUAUGGUUUUUCUCUCAAAGUGUAUCUAACAGACUGGAAAAGAAAUAACAACAAAACUGUUAAUGGUUUGUUUUGGAGGAGGCCACUUGUGGGCACUUUCAAAAAGCCCUGUUUGUCUUUGACGCUUGAGGGGGCGCUGUUGCUAGACUAAGCCUCAUCGUGAAAAGUUGUACAUUAUUCUUAAAGUGGAGUAUUGUGGGUACCUCUGGUUGCAGUUUCAGCUCUCUAUUCAUAAAUCCCUGGGAGGAAAUACCUUUUGAAAAGAGCUUUAUCUCAAAAUCUCAAAAUGCAAUGUUCCAAACGAUACCGCCAACUUCUGGUUCGGCAUGGCCUAUGGGUCCAGGAGGCUUAAUCACUUCCUUUUUUUGUGUGAUAUAAAAAUAUGUAGUGAAAAGAAUCACUUGGGCAAAGCAAAGAAAGAUUUAGUCUAGGGCACCAUGUGUAAAUACAAACAGGAGGGUCAUCUGCAUAUUAUGACGCAAAGAAAGCAUGUUAGUAUGUGACUCUACAUGUUAUGGUGUUGCAUAAUGAAAAUCUGCUGCUACUUGAGUGUCACUUCUGUCAGUUCAGUGAUUCACUUCACCUCAGUUAAGACUGAAAUCUGCUAAGUGUCAAUUAACAUUAUAAAAUACAUGUCGGCGGAAAACGGCAUCAUUAAAUAAUUUUUCCAGGAAAGGGAAGAGCUUUGAUUAUUCGAUCAUGAGGGACAAAGGUUUCCCCUUUCAAGAAGAGGCUCAGGAGUUUUCAGAAGUUUUUAAUGUUUUUCAAAAAACGGCUCCUAAUAAGAGUGAGCCACAGAAAGAAAAUUUAGCACUUCCAAUUCCCAGGGGAGAAAAAGAAGCGUUUUUAAAGACUGUUUGGCAAGGUCUCAAAACAGCAGGUAGAUGAAGCAAAGUGCUUUAAUGAAUCCUCCAAAGCUCAGUAUUGAUAGCAUUGACUUUUGACUGUCUAGCCAAAUGGUUUCUGUCUGGUUGCAGCAUUUUCACAUAUUUUUCAAAGGGGGAUAAAAGUAUCAGUCAGAAAUGUUAUGACUACGAAACUUCAUGAUGCAGAAUUAGUUUGUUUCUCACCGGUGUUAAUUAAGAUGCAGUAAUAGUAACUGUAUCUGUUUAUUACAGAGAGUGUUAGUUAAGCCUCAAAAUAAAUCAGGAUCUUUUAAAGAGAAAAACGUCUGUGCUCAACUUUCCUGCUCUGACUUCUGACUGUGACACCUGGGCUGUUUUCUAAGAUUUUUGAUUAGUCCAGGUGCAAGUGCCCAUUUUGUCAAAUCUAUUAAAGAAACCUUGCAAGUUCCGUGAAAGCGAGCGAUAUCUACAUGAUUGAAACUAGUUUUAGAUAGAGCAGCCACAUCCUCACCUUUCAGUCAAGUUUAGGAACAUUUAUAAAAUGAAAGACUGAAUGGGCUGGCUCGAGGAGACAUGGUGCACAGUCAUUAUUAUUAUUAUCCAGGUUUCCACUGAAAGCAUGACCAGAAACUUCUUGGUAAGAGAUAAAAUAUUCAGUAGAGCUACCGGUGUAACGCUGACUGGUUGACCCUAACUAAACAUCGCAAAGAGCUCCUCACAGAUUAACAUGAUUUGAUGACAGAGCAGAGGUCGUCUGUCUUUUUCUAUGGCCUUCAAAAUACACGAAUUCAGAGAUCUACUGGCACACGGUGAAGUCAAAGCCUGUAAAAAUGGGUGAGGCGGGGGUAGAGAGGUCAUUGAACUUGAGUAGUGUGGAGGAGGGGGGAUGAGGAAAAACUGAACAGGGUUUAGGAAGGUGAAGAAAGUGAGUUCUCCAGGAAGCAGUUGGCAUGUGGGUGGACACUGAUUCCUCCUGUCAUUGGCAGAGGGAGCAGAUGGGGGACUCAGGGAGUAAAACAGAUUAGAGAUGAACAGUUUGAGGCAAGUUCCAUCUGGUCUAUAGAGAUGUAUUUGGCCCCAUAAAAAAGUUUAAAUUAUCAGUAUGGUACAUUUAGGGAGGGUGUAUGCAUCUCAUAACGCAGGGCUCUGGAAUCUGGCUGUCAUUCACAUCUUUAUCUUCCAGGGAAAGUGAUUCAUCUUAGACUUUGUGAGUCCCAGAGAUGACUCCUACUUUGACAGAAAGCAAGUUUUCUUAUUUCUUCAAGUCUUAGUGAUGGUUAAAUGUUUUGAGCCCAUGGGAAAGAGGUGUAACUGCAACACUGUUAACCUUCAUUUUAACCUCCUUCUGCUGAAACUAAGACUUGAGCACAGAAGUUCCCUGGAAAAAUGUAUAAGAAAGAGGAUGGAAAGUCACACAGAUAAUCAAGCCAGUCUGGGUCAAUACAGUAUAGCAGCACAGCAAAUAGCUUGAGUGGUACAUAUAUAGUAUAUAAGGCAUGCGUAACGUAAUCAGUGACUCGGAAAAGGAAAUUGAAUGGCCAGUCUUGGUGGUGCACAAAGUUUUCAAAGACUUCAACUCACCAUAUUCUUGUCUUUACUUGACGUAGGGACAAAUUACACCAGUAUUUACAAUCCAGAAAACUCAAGUCUGAAUAAUCAGUAGCUACUGUCUAUGUUUUCUGUACAAGGGAUUCUUUCUCCCAAGGCGUGACUGUAAUAAUCUAUACCCAUUGAGUCUGAUGGUUUGUCUUAUGUAGAUUAGUUGGAGGCUAUUUGACAUAAUAUAUGAUAUAAAGUAGUAAGUAAUGACUCCUUUGAGUUUUUUUAAAUUGCAAUGGCAUUAUUGAAUUUUGAAAGCAAGUUGAUAGUAAAAUCGACCAGUAGUUUACAUAUAGUUAUGAGCUACUUAAUAAUGUGUUACAACCAUAGACUGUAUAUACUAUAGGGAAACUUGGUUCUGCCAGUAUACCGAUUUGAGGCCAAAAAGCUCUUGGUAUAUAUUUUCUCCACUUCCUGAAACCAACAUUGCACAGUAGUGUUGUGCGUAUUUGGUGGGAGAGUCACCAAGAGUCGCUGUGAUGAUGCUCGGCUCGAACAGCGUAUUCCCUGGGUGAGCUACGCAAUCUUCGUACACCCAUAAGCUAUAGCAAUUGUCAACCAUAGAAAACAUGAACCCCCUAAUAACUUUUUAAAAUGGAGCUGCACAGAAAAAAGAGGACUUGAGUACAAACCAGUCUUACGGUAACUACAUGUCAACAUCGCAACCAGGGGGGAGAAAAUUUUUAUUUUGUGUGAUACAUUUCUAAAGUUUGUCCACAGCUCCAUAGGGAUUGCUGGAGGAGGUGGGAUUUAUGACCUAUACUGCAGCCCGUCACUAGAGGGUGCUGUUCUCGGGGUGGCGUCACCCAGUGAGGAGGCAGACUCUGUCCAUUCUAUAUACAGGCUGUGGUUACAACCCUGGUCCCCAUAUAAACAGGGACCUUUGUUCAUACUGUCUAAAAAAAAAAUAUGUGAUUUAAUCUGAGCAUAGAGUAAGCAGCACAGGAUCGACAGUGUUAAAAGUGAGUAAAAUAAAUGUCUUGUGAUGACAGACAGAAAACAUUUUUUUUUCUAAAUAUUAGCCUUUUUUAACCAUUUAAGUUAUAUGCUGUAAUUACGAAGAUGUCUUUUACAAUACAACACAAGAAUUUUAUUGAUCCCUAAAGGGAAACUCAUGAACAUUUGCUUGACAAAGAGGCAUUGUAACUAGAUUUGUGAAUUGUGAAUGAUAAAUGUUCAAAUCAAUGAGUCUUUAUUCCUGUCAGACUUAAGCUGCUAUUAGAUUUAAGCCUCUUCUUCUAGUCGUACAGUGUGUACAACCAUGAUUUUAAUACUUCAUUGAGGUUCACUGAUGCUCCUGGCUUUAUCUGACUAUCUGCCGUAGAUUACCACCCUGUUUUAUUUUCAUAUUGAUAUCUUGCCCUCUGAUACAAGUUGGUCUGAUUUCAAUUUAUUUAUUUCAUUUAUUGCUCAUUUCUUAACACAGACCAACGUCAUCUUUCAAGGUGUUGCAUCAGGUCCAUGCAAUUCUUUGAGCUAACAUUUGUUCUCCAACCCUGAGAAAUAUUAAAGCCAAACAAAACAGUGUGAUUUUCAGUAGAUGAAGUAUUUAGAAAUAUUGAAGAAACAAUUGUUUUGCUAUUGUGGUGACUGAAAGUACGCAGUGUUGUGAUAAAAUCUCAGGAUUUAAUGCUGCAAAAUCAGUGGAUUGCUGCUUGCCCUUAGCACUCAGUUGGCACAGUGGCUGAUACACACACAGCAAAGCCUCAUUCUGACAGCCACACAGAUAUAAAUCCUUUCAAUAAUACAUGUAAGUUAUUGUUGAUUCACUUGCACUCACUAAAAUGAUAACCCUCUGGAAGAAAGGAGAAAACAAAUAACAUAUGGAGCAGAUGAGCUUGAGACCCUGAGGGGCUUAUGAUGACCUUUCACCCUUAAAACAGCUCAGAGAUGAAAGGAAACACCUCAAAAAAAGACACAACAGACACAAAAGAAAAAAACAGUCUUUGGUUCAAAGAGAAGAUACAAUAAUUGUACUCAUGAGAAACAAUAUCUCCUUUUUGGACGUUAAAAAUGUAGUUUUCCAUUAUUUGCAUUUCACGGUUGUGAUCUUGGGUUUUUAUGAGAUUAAUGGAAAGACUAUAGGCAGUGCAGUAUCUUAACAUACAUGAGCAUGACACCAGUUUUCAACACAUUUUUAGCUUUUUGUUAUCUAAUGCAAAAUAUUUAACUUUUGCAUUAGAUACUUUAGCAAUGAGACACUUUUAGCUCACUAUAAUUCUUAGAAGUAAGCAAUUUAUUGACGGCUCUGCUAUUUUUAACCAAUAUUUCUGCGUCAUGCCGUCCAUUAUCUAGGGAUGGGAAUCGAAAACCGUUUUUUGUUGAGAACCAGUUCCCAAUGAUUAAUUCCAUCGAUAUCGUUUACAUUUUAUCUUAAUGAUUUCCUUAACGAUUCCUUUCUUCAGGGUGACUUCUUCACGAGAGCGAGAACAGAGACUUUGAGGAAUAAAACAUGGCGGAUGGUACGAAAAGUAGGCAGAAACGAUCUAAAGCGUGGUUUCAAUUUACUAAUAAAGACGACAACAGUGUGACGUUCAACAUUUGUCGAGUCGUAUUAUGUAUUUGACUUAAUACCAACCGAAGUAAAUGCUGUACAAAUAGUUUGCCGUUUAAUUAUUUUUAGACUCACUGAAGGUUCCAUACAUCUUUCUCUGUUAUCAGAGACUCAUAAUCAAAAUUUGAGUUAAUAGUGAAAACCUGUAGUCUACUUUUUUUUUAAAUCAAAGAAAGGCAUUGGUAAGGGAAUCGCUAAAGAAUUGAAUCAAUAAGAAGAAUCGAUAAUGGCAUCGAUAUCGAUAAAAUCUUAUCAAUUCCCCUAUUAUUAUCUGUUCAUUUGCUCAUAAUUUAAGUCAAAGCAGCUGGCAUGUUAAUGCAAAGAGAUGCCAUGUUAACACUGUUAUUAUUUAGGAUCUAAAAUGGUGACACAAUAACACAAGAUGGUGAAAGCUUCUCUUCAUAAUACGCCGCAGUCUAUCAUCAUGACAGCACUCGAGCUUCUUACCCUGAAGCCCGACGUCAGAGGAAAACGGCCGCUGAGUGAAUAAAGCAAAUUACUUUCAACUGUGACCCAGUCUGGCUUCAUAAAGAUAAUUCACUAAGUGCAUAACACUGUCAAAUGUUCCGUCAGCAUCAUUGUGCCGUGUCCACACACUCAAUUUACUCAAACAACUUCAAGCCCUCCCCAGUUUUCCUGAUUGUCUAACUUGUGUUUCUCCACCAGCCUGGGUUUAUGUAUGUACAUACUCUACUUGGUCAUUUGGUUUAGCUGUUUUUGGAGACAGAAGUGUUUUUUGCUGCAGGAUCUUUUUUGAAAAGUUUCCACGCUUGUUUUUUUCUUUUUUCUUCCCUCUGAAACUGGGUCACAAUUUGAAUCUACUGUUGUGAAUCCAGCUGCCGUCCUCAGCGAAGGAGCCAGUUACAAACUUUUUCAGAAUCACGUAUCUUUCAAGCCUACAGGGAUGAGUGUUUGAUAUUCAAAACUUUGGUUUUCAGCUGAGUAUUCCUUUAAUGUUGAAAAGAAGCAUGCACUGUGUCUCUGUUCACUGUGUGUUAUAUAACCUGAUUGGUAGGCGACAACUUUUGAACCACAUCACUGGGUGUUAACUUAAAAAUCUAAAGGUGAGAAACAUUGGCAGACUGAAAGUGGAUGCUUUUAGUCUUUUUUGAUAUGAGGUUAAUUUGAAGCUAAACCAGCCGUGCCUAUUCAAUCCCUCUGACUGUUUGCCAUCUCAUUAUCGCGGUGUGUUUAACAGACAUCUAUCAAAAGGGUAGACAUGCAACAUCAAAGUUGUCAAGCUAACGUUGGAAACACUAAAUGUAGGUCAUGACUAAUAAUCCAUUUUGUGGUGUUUACUAUAAUAAAUUCAAUAGAUGUUUUUUUUUUUUUUUUUAAGGAUAACACCUACACAACAUACCAUCUUCAAAGAACUGCCGCUGAGUCCGGCCCCUCUACUCCCAGAACCUCGGAUGCGCAACUUGAAGUCCAUUCUGAAUCACAUAACACGGACCAAGAACCACAAAAAGAGCUCAGUUCACCUGCUACCAGGACACAGUCUGCGCUCCGAGGGAGAGCUGAACCUGCUGGGAUGGUGCCCACACGGUGCCUUUCACCCAGCAGACAGGAACAGAAGUGUCACCCACAGGGAUCAGAGGUAGUGAGCCAGGUUUUGGUUGGUAACAGCAGUGUAUCGCUUUCACAGAGACCUCUGCAGGAAGUCAAACUGGAGGACUCUACACAGCCAAAGGUAAUUAUAAACCUACAAUUUUAACAAAAAAAAACCCUGCUCUUAUCCAGGUAUUAAUGUAACUUUAACACAAGUGUAAUAAUGACUUUUUAUCCUGAAGUUCCACCUCAUUAUUGUCUGAAUAGCUGCUUUAUUAGCCAUCACCCCUAAUUACCUCCACUGUGAGAUGCCCAUGUUUGAUGUCAUGAAAGAAAUUGCCAAUUUGGAUAACCUCUCACUGUGUCAACAUUCACAGAGCAAACAAGCUCAUUAUUUAUCACACAGUUAAACUCAUCUACAAAAAAAUAAGCCUGACAUACCAAUGGAAACCUCCUAUGUUUGCAAUGGCAAACUGGAUUUAUUGAUUUACAUCUUUUUGAUUUAAACAUAAUCAUCAUUUAAAAGAAGCAUGUCAAGAAAUGUUUUUUUAAAGACCCACUCCGAUGAAAAUCAUGUUGUUCUUGUUUUUUAAAUGUUCAUAUGGCAUUUUUUCUGAUGCUACAGGACAUAUCAUGAGAAAACUAAGUGGGAAAUUGCUUUUCUGAGUAUUUCUUCAUUCAAAUCUCCGGCAGACACAAACAGCAGUUCCAGAAACAGAGAGAGUUCAUACAUAACUAAUCCAAGCUCCGCCUCCAGACCCUCGCUUUGCAGGCCACACUCUGAGGAGAAAUACAGAGGAAUUUUGCGAAAAAGUGUGUGCAUUAGCGGAUUGCAAUGCUCGUAAGAAAGCUAAUUAUGAUUUUAGCUUUCAUCGUGUCCUAAAAGACAUUUGUGUCCGAGAGCUGAAUAGCUCCUAUGUUACCCGCCACUUCUGCUGCACAGGCAGUGUUACCAGCAAUUUCCACCUCAUCCAGAACGGCUACGAAAGACUGUAUCCGCCAAUCAUAGCUGAUCGUAACCAUUCAAGUUAAUGUCAGGAGAUGGUAAUAAGGAGAUGCUGAUUUUAGAAGUCUAGAAGUAGAUUUCCUCCUCUGGAAGGACACACUCUACUGCUUAUAAGGUUAGCCUUUGUGGCUAAAGACAACUUGUUAUCGCGUGAUUGCACGUGAAUCCGCGAGUUCUUGUGAGUUCUUGCGAUUCCUGCUAUUUGUAAUCCAACACGAAAUUUGCCUCACAAACGGUUCCAGUAGGAAUUGACGCCAUUCCGGAUCGGAGCCUUUCCGGAUGCGGUGGAAAUCCCAGGUGAGGCUACAAGCUGAAAUGAUGACGAUUGUGCUGAGCAGCGCUGUCCCCGCCCACAACUCAGAGGCGAAUUGCUAAUGAUGUAUUGGAGCUCUGCAGAAGGAAAGCCCUUGAAAAGGACACAGGUAACAUGAUUUUUGGUAAAAAAUUUCAUAAUCACAAUUGAAAGACCACUGAGAACACUUUCAGUAGUAAAAAUAAAAUGAUCGGAGUGGGACUUUAAAGAUGCAAAGCUCACAAGAACUUUAUUUCCUUUGAGUUCUGUAAGUUUCAAAUCCUUGUGAAAAGAGAUCCCAACUAAAGCAUGGAGGACAUUAUCAUUAAUUAAUCAAAUAACUGUGUAGAAUGAAAGAAGAUGCUUGAAGUCUCAAAAUCAAGGAGAAUUGACUUUGCUGCUCUCUCUGCACAGAUUUUAUUUAAGCAAAUGCUUUCCUUUUAUAUCCUCAAAAUGUGAUUCAUAGUCUGAGCCUUAGCCUUUCAAAGAUCCCCGUGGACAACUGUUUCCAUCAAAAAUGCUUUGAUACAUCCACUUUACACUGCCUGCCCAGCGUGAAGCAUCAUACAGACAAUAUUAUCAUGAGGCUACAGAGAAAAGCUGCAAAUUCAUAGUAGUAACCAACACCAAAGAUUUUGAUAUUUUCUUGACAGGAGUUACUGGAGAUCACAGAAAAGUUAAAAAAGUAAGUUCUUGUGAAUUUCUCCCUCCAGAGCUGAUUAAUGCUUCUUGGUUGAAUGGGCAUAAAUUUGAUUAAAUUUCACAAGAAACUGUUUACAGUCACUGUCGUUGCCAGAGUCUUCAGUCGAUUGGCUCGGCUCAGUGAUUCAUAGUCACUUUUAUUUCCUCUUUUAGCUGAGGGUGUCCAGGGUGGAUUUAGAUGGCUUUGUCGCUUAUUAAAAGCUCUGACUGUAUUCUGUCUGAAUAAUUCCGUUUUCCCAAUAGUCAAGUGUGGUCACUGCUGAACGUUUAUGGUGCUGUGCUGAAAACAGAUCAAACUACGGGUCUGCUACAAAUUGAGGUAGGACCGCUGCUCCAGUUGAAAAGAUCCAGGAUCAGAGAAUAGUCAAACUGGAGCGAUCACAAGGCCCUGAAGGGAGAUCUGUCACUUGGCUGUUGCUUUUCUGCAUUUACACCACUCGCUGCUGGGACGUAUCCCAGCAUCCUUGAUCAGUGUAGCUCUAGACUGCUGAUUUGUGCCAACUCCAGAAGGCGGCAUGCAGUGAAGGCUUUGACUGAAAGGUUGUCAGAGGAAUAUGACAAGGAGUUUGUUUCGCUCCCUGCAGUCCUGGUUUAUUGACUGCCAUUGAUCCAACACCAGGGCAACACCAGGCUUGUCACAAAUCAAGUUGGCAUGGUACUCUGUUGGAUUAAUAGAUGCGCUUUUAAAAGACAUUUCCUCAGAGUGUCAAAACAUUGAUUUAAGUCCAGCACCUCCUUGGGCAUUGUCUUGGACUACUUGUCUUCUGUUUUAGCGCAAAGUUUGUCCAAAAACCAACCCACAUUAUUAGGUGCUUUGGUUUGUGUGCUUUGGACUUGUUUCCAAAAAUAUCUCCUCUUUUAUUGUCAAAGGAAGAAGAAGAAGAAGACCACACAAUGAACUGUGUUAAUCCCAGCAAUCACAGCCUGCACCUAUUUAGCAGUUUGCAGGUUCACGGGGAAGACGACGAUGAGGAGCUCCGAAUGCUGGCGAGUCUGAAAAGGCAGCAGGAGGAAGAUGAAUUCAGAGCCUCGGGCCUCAGCGCAACUCAGAUCCACCGAUGCAAUGUCAGCAUCAGCAUGAGCAGUGACAACACUUCAACCUGGACUCACAUCUCCACGGUGUGCACUAUCACACUCUGCUGCUCUUGAUCUUGAUCUUUUUAUUCUUUGCCAAAAAAAGCAACACUCGUGUGCAGCUCAUCCACUAUUUGCAAUCAUUAGCAGGUUGUCCUCUUUCAAUCUCCCUCCUGGAAUAAUGUUUUUGACCCUGGCUGAUCCUCACGCUUGCUAAUUUCCAUUUCAAGCCCCCGAUGUAUGCCACCAUAAAGUGCUAAUGCACCUCUUUCUGCUGUAUGUUUUCUGCAUUAAAAAAGAUUAUGGAGAUGGAAACACAUUAAUUGGCCUCUUACAGCUUUUAAAAGUACACUGGAAUAAUAUCUCCAGUGACUUCCACCAGUGACUGAAAUUAUUUAGGUCAUCUCAAGUUAUCCCCACAAGUCUUUUAAGAAUUCAAAGAUGGUGUAGUUUGCUCUGGGCUAUUGAAGGUCACUUAGAUCUUUGGUCCAUUAGCAUAAGCACAUUGCACUUAGGAAGAGGGAACACUGCUCUUACUGGCCCUACUGGGUCCACUGUAGGAUCCCUUGAGAAUACAAUCAUUACUGAUGGUCCAGAUCUGGGCCUGUUAGCAUUUCUGUGCACCCAGGUAGCCAUUAAUAUAUGGAGACUCAAGCAGAACACGUUGAAAGAGGCAUUACCAUGGGGAUUAUCAUCGCAUGGUUCCCUUUUUUGAGGACACGGGGAUGAGUCCACUAAUAAAAACAUGUAGCUUUAGACCUUGCAGUAGGUACAGUUUUCCCACAGGGACAGGAUGAGAUUUACAUCUGACUUGAUCUAACCCUGAAGUGAUGUUUUCAGAUUCAGCUGCAGUGCUUUACAAGUCUAAAUACAUAUGGCAACAGCACCACCAUCAGCAUAUUAAGAAAUGCUUACAGAUGAAGACAGGAAGGCCGAUAAAGAAAGUCACAGCAAACCACGCCACACAUUUCCAAUUUUAGCGUUUAUAUCUGAUGUUAGAAGAGGCACCGAUGAGCGUCUGGGAAAGAUAAAAGAAGAGAGGGUUUGGGGAUCUAGAAGUAGUCACUGUCUGGGGCUGGGACUCCUCCACUAGAACAGACAAACCCUGUCUUUUCCCUGGAUGCUGUGAGUCACGUGGCCCUGCUGUUGCCUUCCGUGCUGCGUCUGCUUCUGUCUGUGCCGCUGCAGCAGCUGUACCAGCCCAGACAUAACUUCCAUCCCCAGACGAUUGUGCGCUAUGCUUGGGUUAUUAAGCUUGAACACAAAAGAAUCACCUUGCAGUUUGUAAGAUUGCGUGAAUCAAGAUUUAAGACACCUCAAUAUGUGGUUUUGAAGGAAGUUACUGCUCUGUCUUUGGGCGUACAGCUGUAAUCUGAACUGUCAUGUCAGAGUGUUAUUUUUCCUGUCCAACAUGAUGUCUGAGCACAGCUACAGAUGACAAAGAGAUGAAAUAAAACACCCAAAAAUGAAAACUCCAACCAAAACUGGGUAAAAAAAAAAUGCUCAUCCUUUUUUUGCCCUGAAAAAGAUUUUUUGAUCCAUUAAAGUGACUUGUGUUGGUUAGAGCAGCUGCAAUUAUAAUGUUUUAACAGUACUGAAUGUUAGUCAGAUUUUAUUUGAAUUUUUUUUUUUAAUGAUUAAUAUUUUAUUGGAUUUUUUAAUAUCGUACAUCGCAGGUAUAUAUGUGGCAAAUGUUGUACAUAUUGUAAACAUUGACUUGUAGACAGAAAGUAAACAAAUAACUAUAUUAUAAAAUGCUUUCAAUCCAGGAAAAAGAGAAAGAAAAAUACCCACGUGAUAGCAGGGAUGACAAAAAAGAAAAAAGAAAAGGGUAAUACAAAAACAAUCUAACAAAAGAUAAAAUAGAACAGCACGACUGUAAAAUACAUAGACUGUUUAUACUAUGGAUAACUUGGUUCCGUCUCCUGCCAGUAUAUGAAUUUGAAGCCAAAAAGCGCUUAAGUAUAUCCGCGAUUUUUCUUCAUAUAACUACAUGCCAACAUCACAACCAGGGGGGAGAAAAACUUAUGUUCUGUGUAAUAAAUUUCUAAAGUUUGUCUAAAGCCCCAUAAGCUUUGCUGGGGGAGGCGGGAUUUAUGACCUACACUGCAGCCCGGCACCAGAGGGUGCUGUUCUCGGGGUGGCUUCACCCAGCAAGGAGGCAGAUGCUGUCCAUUUGAUAUAUACAGUCUAUGGUAAAUUACAAAAAAAAAAAACAAAAAAAAAAAACAUGUAAUUUAAAUAUGUAUAUUUUUUUAAAAGGAAAGAAAAUAAAGAAAAACAAAAACAAACAAAAAUAACAUAGCAUGUUAUACGCUCAGCGAUGCUGGGUGGGCUGUCGUGUUCUGAUUGGUUGUCAUAUCUCCAAUACAGGUUCUUUCAUACUAAACAGGUAUCGUUCCCAUUUCAAAUUAAAGCUCUCCACCUGAAAUUUAUAACUGACACUAUCUGUGUGACAGACUAAAUAAACUGGAAAGCUUAAUAAUGUUUCAGUUAAACACCAUGAUUUGAAACGUUCCUUCUAACUAAGAGGGUACUUUGAUGGAAUAUUUGGCUUAUGAUAUAAAGAUAGUCUGACAGUUUCUCUGCUGUUUGAAAAUCUGUCUCAAGUGAGCGCACCAGAAGCUUGUAUUGUAGAUAAUAAUACACUCCAAUCGGCUAUAACAUUAAAGCCACCGGCCUAUUAUGUGUCCACUUCCCUCUCGUCAGGUCAGGGCUAGUUUUGUGUGUACGUGUGUGUUUGUGUGUGUGUGUGUGUAAGAGGGGGUGUUAAAGCUCAAAUCGCUCACUGACCUUCGUGCUGGUUCACCACUUUCCCGUCCUCCAGCCACUUUUGUUAGAUACUGACCGCCACAAACCAGGGACACCUCACGAAAUUUUUGGGAGGGAAGCUCUGACCCAGUAUUUUAGCCACAAUAUGGCCCUUGUCAAAACAAUCACAUCCUUACACUUGCCCAUUUUUACUGCUUCCAACACAUCAGUUUCCAGGACAACAUGCAGCUGCACACUGCUGGUGCCAUUGUAACUAACAAUGUUAGACACAUCACCUGUUAUAAUGUUGUAGCUGUUUGGUUUCCAGUACUUUUGUUUCACAUGGUGAGGGUAAUUUUAUCUGUAAAAGCACAGAGUUCAUCAUUCAUUUGUGGUGAAUGUGGUAUUUCCUCUUUGUUUUUAGGGGGUGACCAUUUCACACUCAAAGACUACAAAAUUCAGUUUAGCAUGAGUAUUCUCCCUCCUGUACAUUUUAGAGAAACAAAAUCACUGUCUUUCGAUUUUGUUAUUUCUACAUCAGUACAUAAAGAAAGCCCACAUUGUCUUCUCGCAUAUCCUGAACAAUUCAUGUCAGUCAGCAAUGAUGUCUUGAUUUUUUUCUGGCAACAUAAAGAGCAUGUAGCUACGGAGGUAGAAGCUGAAGAAAAAAAUCCAUUGGUAUGAGCUGAUCGACCAGCUAUCACCUGGGAAUGCCUGGAUGAAUAAGACAGAACGAUGGGUGUUAAAAAGUAAUAAUCUGGCAGAAGUUCUGCUUUGUUGAACAUCACUGCCAAACAGGUCUGUGCAGCCCAGAAACACUGUAAAGCAUAGUGUUGCAGCCAAAUGAUUUGAACUGAAGAGGUUUUUUGUCUUCAUAACAGAGGAGCAGGCUAAGGGCCAGAAAUGAUAGAUACAUGUAGGAGGUUUGAGGUUUUUUGAUGGCUGUAGUAUCAUAAUAAGAUGAUGAGCAGUUGGUUUGGCAUGAGUAAACUUCAGUUGCAGCUAAAUGUCUUAGCGUGUUUUAAAGAGAUUUGUACGGUGGCCGAGAACUGCCAUUGCUGCAAAUAAAAAUAAAAUUUAAAAAAAAGAAGUCACAACAGAAGAUACCGAUGCAAAAAAAGAAACCAAAGCCUGCUGCAAAUAAAAAAGAAACAGAGCAGAUUUGAAAAAAGCCACAACGGAAGUUAAAGAUGAAAAAAAAAAAUGGCGAUGGAGAAAAAAAAAAGUUACUGUGAAAAUAAAAGGAUGUAAAUAAAAAAAGCCACAACGGAAGUGAGCUGCCGGGGACCAAUAAUGAUAAUGCACCGGUGUUUUGGCCUGAGUCGAUAUGAAGUUGAACUGGAGGAUGUCAGUGUGGUGUUACCUUCAGUUCAACUUCAUAUCCACUCAGGUGCAACAUGGUCUAACCAAAUGACACAUUGAAAAGCACAGGUAGCGAAAUUAAACAAUAACCUUUCCACUAAUUUCUUUGCUCUUCUUCUCGCCAACUUCUUCUGUGCCUAGAUCGUAAAACACCAGUGCAUUAUUAUUAAUUUUACAUUAUCAUUGUUUGUCCCCAGCAGCUCACUUCCACUGUGGCUUUUUUUAUUUACAUUCUUUUAUUUUCGCAGUAAGUAACAUAUAUAUAUAUAUAUUUUUUUUGUUGUUGUUGUUUUUGCAUCGGCACGUUUUUUUGCAUCGUUAACUUCCAUUGUGUUUUUUUUUUUUUUUUUGCAUUCUUUUUUAUCUGCUGCAGUGGCGGUUCUCGGCCACCGUAGCUUUGUACUUCUUUUACAUCCUAGCACUCUCUUUGAUUCAUCGAUGUUUAAGCAUCCACUAGGAUUAAUAUUACAGGUACAAUGCAGAGAUUUUUCAGCUUCUUCUCACAGGUUACUCAUUAGCUGCAGCACGUGUUACCUGUAGAAUUCCUCAGGGUACAAUUUUAGGUCCCUGCUUUUUUUAUGCAAGGCACUGGAGCACAUAGAUAACUAAUAUUUGCUUAAGUAAUGCACGGAUUUAGCUUUCCACAUGUAUGCAUUUUCAUCAGUGUCAAGCGGCGUAAUAGCCUUUAAGCAGGCUCUCGACUUAAAUAGCCUCCUGAGACCCGAAUGUGGUCUUUAGCUGUGACAAGAUGGAGAGGGUAACAUACUUGUGUGUCUCGCUGCUGAGUACUUAUACAUAUUGAAAGUGAAGCCAUUCUGAUCUCUCAGCUGAAAGUCUCAUACUCAAAGACCAUGAAGAAUUUAACUACAAGUUUAAAAAAAAAAAAAAGCAAUACCACAUUUAAAUCCAAGCCCCGAGCUUUUGUAACCUCAAACCGUAGAAGUACAUCUAAAUUUCUGAUGGAUUUCUCUUGAUAUGUUAACCCCUUUGUUGCUCACCCAGAUUUCUCGCGCUUUUGUGUUUUCCUCUCGUUUUUACCAGAUAGGCAGAGAUCUUUUUGUUCUGACCUUAUCAACAUAAGUAUUUCCAUUUUCAUAGAUAGAAGCCUUAAGGACCUUUUGCGGUUGUGUUGAAUUUUUUUUUUUUAUGAACGUUCCUAGUCCAACUCAAGCUUUCUGAGCGAAGCUGUUGAUUUUCAAUGAGGCUUUGUAUGUCAAGUUGAUGUUCUGAUUGUUGCCUCUGUGUGAAAGAAAUGUUGCUCUCCAACCAGAGCAAAUCUUGAAGGGAGGACAUCAAUCAAUUAACUGUAUUAUGAUUAGUUGACUUUCCUGUUGACAUUCAUCCAUUCAAAGAUAAACACACAUAUAAUAGGAUUAAAAAUGCUCAUUAUAUGGCUAAAUUGGUCAAAACCCUGUUGCCAUGGUUAUCAAUUCUCAACAGCCAAAGCUAUACAAAAACAAGCUUCUCAUCAUGUCAAAUCAAUCCAUGUUAAGUUCUGGCACAUUUUACCGAACCUCAUCGCUCCUCGCAGUUUUACUUGUCCAUGCAGGAGUGGAGGAGAGAGAGAAGACAAUAUCCGUCAAUCCCAUUCAGAGCCUGCAGGUGGUCGCUGGGUCGGUGGAAAGCCUUCAAAAUUGAGCACAGCACUUAAGCAUGGCAGCAGUGAAUCACAAAGCAGAGGCAGGAACUGGAAAUCUUGAGAUUUGGAGGAAAUGUUUGUUAUGUGAUUGUUACAGUGAGUGUGAAAUCGGCGAAGCUUGAAUUGCCUGACCGAGCUAGCUCACAGCCUGCCCUCCAUUCUCCAUCUCAGGCUGACCAUAAGAGUUGAGAAAUAAUGUCAGCUACCUGGAGCCGUCUGAGGAGCAUCUGGGCUCCAACCAUCUCUGAUAGGGAAAGAAAGAGGAGCAGAAUCCUGUGCUGUGAUUUAGGCAAUGCUUACUUUAACAGAAGGUGGCAGAGAUAGUGGCAGCACUCUUAGAAAUUGAGACAUUUUCCUCAUCUAUGAUUACAGGUGUACUAAUUGCAAAGCUCUGAGAAGAAAGAGAACUGAAUGUACAAAGAUUAUAUCCUGCUGGAGUCUUGUUCACUCUGUCUACUUUUACCUUUCAUUUUCUUGCUCACCCCCAGCCAGGGGUCUGACCGGCACUAUUUCUCUUCCUCUAUACAUAUUAUAACCCAUAUAAGUCCAUUUGUCCCAGUUAGUACCCUAUGUUACAAUAGCAAUUACAUCCAACUUGCAAAAACUGCCCCUUGACGCAAAAUGUGCCAUUUUCACAAUCGUGGCAAAAUGGUCUGUGACAGUUUAUCCGUCGAGACAUUCACAUUUCCUGUUGAAAGACAACCAUCAUUUGUCAAGCAAUGGAGCUUAAAAACAGCGUGAUAGAGAGCACAAUGCCCUUCAUUACACAGCUACUUUGAAUGAAAUGAGUCAUUUUAAAUUUAGAGACUACUAAUAUACUUCAGACUGAAGGAACAGUUAAUGUAUAUUUUAUUCUUCUACAUAACUAAGUGGUCUGAAAAAUGUAAAUAACUAAUACUUGAGUUAUAAGUAUGCUAUCAUUUUGACACAGUUUUUUUCUUUUUUUCCCCUUAUAGCCGGCUAAUCAGGGUCACCAUUAUCAGAAGGAGAUGAACCCUCUCCUGCAGUCAAACCCCAGGUAAGCAGGCAUUAUCACCGAUAAUUAUAAGCAUAUUCUGACAUUGAAAAAUAACAUACAGAUCAAGGAAAGGUUGAGAUGCUACACAUUUAGCAGAAAGGUCAGAUCUUUUUAUGGCCAGAGAAACUUACAAAUGCGAACUCAUCUUAAUAACAUUUUUCAGGGGUCUCAUCAGCAGGCAGGGGAAAAAAAACAUAGACUGUAUAUACUAUGGACGACUUGGUUCCACCUUCCGCCAGUAUACGGAUUUGAAGCUGAAAAGCUCUUGGUAUUUCCGUUUUUUUUUCUAAACUUCCCGAAACCAACAUUGCGCAAUAGCAUUGUACGCAUUUGGCAGGAGAGUCGCAGAGAGUUGCUGUGAUAAUGCCCAGCUCAAACAGCGUAGCCCCGGAAUGACCUACGCAAUCUUCGUACGCCCAUAGGCUGUAGCAAGUGUCAAUUUUAGAAAACACGAAGCCCCUAAUAACUUUUAAAAAUGGAGCUGUACAGAAAAAAGAUGACUUGAGCUCAAACCAGUCUUACAGAAACAACAUGUCAACAUCGCAACCAAGGUGUAUUUUGUGUAAUAAAUUUCUAAAGUUUGUCCACAGCUCCAUAGGGAUGGUUGGAGGAGGUAAGAUUUAUGACCUAUACUGCAGCCCGUCACCAGAGGGUGCUGUUCUAGGGGUGGCUUCACCUAUUCCAUAUACAGUCUAUGGAAAAAAACUCCACUGGAUUCAACAACCAACUAGGGUUGUUGCUCGCUACCUUGCUUAGGUUGCUAGGCUAGGUAGCUUGUCCAAAUUUCCAAUUCACAGUGAUUAGCUUAAAAAAAAAAACACUUUUAGUCCCUGACAUUAACUCAUGUAAACCUUGUCUCACAAUAACCAGCUUGCUCUACUUGAAGUAAAAGGUUGGAAUUAGUCUGAUCAAGCAUGUCUCACGUACGUCUCAAAGAAAAGAGGGACCAGGCUCACACACCAAGAGCAAAUAAAACAUGAGCGCGCAGAUGUAUCAGGUUCACAGGCUGUGAGCACAGGGGUUAGAUAACACGCUGUCUCUAACACCGUCUUUCUUCCAGGUCUUGACAAGUCGAAGUGAUAAUGAUUCGGACAAAAUGAAAGGCACUUGUUUUUUUUUUUUUUUCCAGUGGAUUUCUUGACAGAAAAUGUCCUUAUGUGGCCCACAUCAAAAUUUGGCAGCUGGUACAUGAAAGUCACCCUGAAAUUCAUAAUCAGAUGGUAACGAGUGGCUGCAGAAUUAAGGCUAAAUGUCAACUGUCAGAUAGAUAUGCAGAAGGAGGCUUAUCUCGCUCACUGAUGAGUAAAAAUAAAUUGAGAGUCUGCCAGGUACUGUAGCUUUCUCCUCCCUUAACUGCUGUUGUCAUUUUCACGAGCACGGAUUAUUUUUCACCUUUUAUUGUGCUUGUUGGACAACUUUGUAUACAACAGAUAGUUCAUAUUUUUUAUUAAAAAUCUGAAGUAUGGCUCAGGCUCGCCAUUUAUCCCUGACUUUCAGCUGCCAUACAAGGUGAAAUCCAUCAUUGAUGAAGCGAGGGCUGACUUCUGCUCGGUCAGAGUCUCAGUGGUUCAUAGUGCAGAGCAGCUAUGAGAUAUAUUCCACCUUGUUUCACAUGCCUACAGGUUAAAACCAGAGUGAAGUUCAAGUUCUCACCUUCAAAAAAAAAACACUGAUGACUGGACUUUUAUAACAGAAGGAGGCAGAAAAACGUACAACUGUUUUUUAUUAUCUGUCAGUGGGUGUAUCUAAUAUCAACUUGAGGCGCAAACAAUGCUAAGGUUGAACAUCGUAGGUUACGCAGCCCUGAAAACACAAGAACUAACAAAUGGAUCAUAUUGACAACGUGGAAUAAAAGAAAGUGGAUUCAUCAAAAUAACAAAACACCAAAAUCUCCUCCAAAUGAGAAGAGAUGUUGAAGCCUUUCCAGCAUGAAGUCAGGUCGAGUUUUUGAAGUUAUCUGGAGGGAAAAGUAGCCAAAACAUUAUAAAUAGAACCAUGUUAUGGAAUAAAAUUUCAUCUUGAGGGGUUACAAACUUGGCUUACAGGCGCUCUGUAUCCAUAUCAAGACCCGACCGUUGCAGCGUAUGAAUGGUUCCCCCUCGAAGGCUUGCAGAGCCCCUUUAAUGCCCAACCGCUCACUAAUGCAGCGCUCUGUCUCUGCACAUCUCCAUCUCUAUUGUGGGUGUACACAACCGCACGGCAUGUUACAAAACAAGACAAAGGGAUUGCAUCAGAGUUCUGCUGUUCAAAAUUAUGCAACCGCCCUCUCAAACACGUCUGAUUUAUUGAUGAAAAGCAAAGUAUCCUGCUGUUAAACACGAGUUGACUCCUGUUCAUUAAAAUAUUUUUCUUGUUUCAUUGUCUUAAAGGGAUUAUAAUGUACAUCAGAUCGGCGGUAAAGGAGGAGACUCGCUUUUUUAUUUUGGUCACAUUUUGGUGACUCUAGGCUGUUUGAGUAUCGACUGAGAUAAUGCUAUUUGAUUGAAGGUUCUCUGAAAUGAAUAUUAGAAGUGACAGUCACCUCAAACAAACUCCGUGCCUUGUCUCACACAGCUCUACAGCAUCCACAGCUGUACUACUGAAAUUAGACUUCCAAGCAGGCCCUGAUUUACAUAUUGAAGAGCAGCUGCACAGGAUUUUGUCGUUGUUUUCACUCCUUUUCUUCCAGGCGUUGCAUUCUGAGACACCCAUACAGUGAAUUCUAUCAUGCUACUUCUUUUUUCCACAGUCCAGGCGUUGCUGCAAGGCUUCUUCGCUGUUGAGAGCUACAGUUUUUUUGACAGCUAAAAUGCUCUUGUUGCAGUGUGUAAUGUUGCCGGGGCUUUCUUCGUACAUUUUUUAACAUGUUCCUUUGCGUGUGUGAUACUUUUGUCUGCUUUUGGCGGGCAACAAGAGAUUGUGAAACCACAAAUCAGGCUGUCAGAGAAACCCAGAGUAGCAAUUCAAUUGUUUUGCAAUAAAGACAACUACAAAAUUUACCAGAGUUGCAGCGGUGUCAGGCAAAAAGAGUCGCUUUAAUGCUGUUUCAUUGGAAAGCUCAAUUUCAUUAUAUUCCUAGGCUGUGUAAAAACAUUGUACUGCUCAAAUUAAAUCAAACUAAUGCAUUCUUUUCAUCACAGGUUUGUGUGUAUCUAUAUUAUAAUGAUUCGGGAACAUAAUCACUCUCACCAAGUCCCACUUAACAACUUGGAGUCCAAUUUGCAGCUCUGUAGCAGAGGCCUUUGUCCUCCGAAAUUGCUCCUAUUAACUUCUGUAUUGCGCUCCUGACUAUCACGUAAAUGCCUUUGUUAGAAAGAAAAAUCUGAGCCUUUGAAGAGAUAAUGGCAUAAGGUUAUGGAAAUGAAUAAACUUCUAAUUAACACUUAAAUGCAUGGAAAGAUUUGAUAAAAAUGGUUCACUUCAUUUAGAAUUGUAGAGUUUUGCUUUUUUUUUUUUGUCUGUUUUUAAGAGAAUGGAGUUCAUCAACAGCAGUGCUUUAAAAAGAGAGAGUUUGUCUUUUCUUUAAGCUGGGGUUGUGUGAGGUACUUCCAAAAAGUAAGUGAAGUGAGGUACCCACAGGGGAUCACAGCCUCUUUAUUGAGAGACCAGGAAGAAAACCAUGAAGGAAGCUCAGCUGAAAUUCACGGCUGAACUUCCUUCAUUGUCAGACAAGAGGACAGUAAACCAAGACCCCCCAAUUGAGACUGUGUCUUAUACACCAGUGCAACUUAUGGAUUAGAUCUUCUUGCUGAUGGCAUUGUUUGUUUUUAUUUGGAAUUCAUUUUUUUAUGUAUUAAUUUACCAUCAUCGAGCCAGUAAACAAAAAGCAUUGAUCUGUUUUCACGAGUGAAGAAAGUGAGGAGCCAAAUUUUUUUUGUCAACUUUGGUGCCCUCUGUGGACAAAGCUGUACGCGUUAAUGCUUUGCUUAACUUCGUAGUGACAAGUCGUAUACAUUUUACUUUGUUAUAAUGUGUUUUAUUCUCUUACCACAGUUUUGUAUUGUUUAUCACUUCUAUUAAGCUGAGAUUAACAAUUAUAAACAUAAACUAUAAGAAAAAAACUCAGUAAUGCUUUCUUUUAUGGUACACUUAUUAACAGGUAAUUAGCUAGUAACAACAUAAAAUUAUCUGGUAAUUACAUGAUAACUACUAAGUCAAUACUGUCUAAUUUUUUUUUUUUUUUUUGUCUGUGCAGCUCCAUUUUCAAAAGCUAUUUGGGGUUCUUAUUUUCUAUGAUUGACACUUGAUACAGCCUAUGGGCGUGCGAAGAUUGUGUAGCGAUACGUUGUUUGAGCCGAGCAUUAUCACUGCGACUCACCCGCCGAAUGUGUACAAUGCUACUGCGCAAGUGGUGGUUCCAGGAAGCGGAGAAAAUCCCGGAAAUACCAGAGCAAUUCGGCUUCAAAUUUGUAUGAUGAUGGAAGGUUACCUACCUGGUAGCUAGACAGUAUUGACUCAGUAGUUAUCAUGUAAUCACCAGAUAAUUUCAUGUUAUUACUAAGUAAUUACCUGUUAAUUACCUGGUAAUAAGUGUACCAUAAAAGAAAGCGUUACCCAAAACUCUAAUCGUAAAUGAAAGCAUAGUCAAAAACUGUUUGCUUAGUUUACGAUAAACACUCAACUUAAACACUUGUUGUGAGACUCAGUUGCCACCGAAAUCACUCUUGGCUGCCCCCUAGUGACUUGGAGGAGCAUUACCCUUCAACUCAAGCUAUUGCUCUUACACCGUCGUUCAUUAUGCUGUAUCGUAACAGUCAAACACAACACUUGCUGUGCUCUAAUUUUCUUUUUUAUAGGUCUCAGUAUUGUUUCCGAACCAGCUUAGUCCUCAGACUGGAGCUCUGAGAAAGCUCUAUAAUGGCUCGUGAAUGCGUCUCAUUUUUAAAGAUUUACUGACAUUAUCAGUCAUUGCAGAUCUUGACGUUUGGAUGGAUAAGGCUUUAAUGAAUGUUUAAAUCAUUGCCUGUCUGCUGAAUAAUGUACAGAAGGAGAUUAGAGUUCUUCAUUAGAUAUGCUAUGAUGUGCGCUUACGAGACAUUAUGUCCAAAGGCAAAAGAUGUAAAUGGAUAAUUGCAACCAUGCAACUGAUGUAUUGCCUGAAAUGAAUUCUGCUUAACAAAUUAAUCUUUCAGUGAUCCAAAAAAAAAAAUUCAUCUUCAUCAUUUUCAUUUCUCUCUGUCUAAUAUGCGGCUCUAUACUUAAAGAGCAGUGUUUGACUCUCCCAGAGAGUGAUUGAUGCUUUUCUGUAGCCUGUGCGCUCUUCUCUGGCUGCAAAGAUAAACUCAUUUAAGAGUGAAAGGAAGUCCUGCUCUCACAGGUGCCGACAAGGUCAAGACCUCUACUCAGGGUCCAGAGCGUGGACACUCCGAAGUCACAGCUUGAGUCAGAAUCUAAUAAAUGAUCCUUCAGGUAGAACGGUGAGGCAGAGAGGCUAAGUGUGCGUACCGUAGAAGUGCCUCAAGGACGGCAGAAGGGAAGCUCAGAUGGGCUCCCGAAAGCACAUGAUGAUGGGACUUUCAUUGUUAAAAUGUCAUAUAGAGGCAAUUUGAUGUGCGGGGCUGCAGUAGUGGGAUGCAGGGUGUAAUGGCAUGUGUUGUCAUGACCGUGUGCCUUUAUGGUCUUCGCCCCAGGGAAUGGAUGGAUGUGCUCAGCCCACCUAUUAUGCCUCACAGCCAGCAGAGAAGGUCAGGCAGCUUGUGGAACAAUCCAGGAAACUUAAUCGCAGGUAUGGUAACCUCAGUUUUAGUGUUUUGUUUUUUUUUUCCCUCCCCAGAAAAACAACACAAUGCUUCAACACCGACCACACUAAUUGUGUGAAAGCAGAGCACCAAAGGAAACAUUCGCUGGUGUCAAGGCUUACAUUCUUCAUCUCCACUCAGCGUGGAGGGAAAAGCAUGAGAAACUGUAUCUAAUUAAGAGUAAAAACCCAGGAGAGUGGAGCUCUCUGUCCUCCACCUAACUCCAUAGGUCAAAAGAGACAGGCUCAUUACAGGUCUGUACCCCCCAGACACAUCGACGAGGUUAAUUGACGAAACCUUUGCAGUUUACAACAUCAUUUUUUAAACCUCUCGCACAAUGUGUCUUAUAAUUAGUUUUCAUUAUCGUCGCCAAAGUUCUGAUAAGAUAAAAUGUUCCUCCUGGAGCAUCCAGUAACCUUUUGAGCAUUUAACUGCCUGUCAAUUUAACAGCUAAAUUCUUGUGCUUUAAAGUAGCAGGGAUUACAGGGAAUCUCUUUACAGCUUCAUAAUGUGGUACCGGGCUCUGGGUGUCUCAGGUCUUGAUUGAUGAGAGAAAAAAAUGGCAGUGGCAGAAAACUUUUAAAACCCACCGGAGUCUGAAGGUUACCUUGCCAUCCAGGCUUUUGAUUUUAUUCCAGCAGUUGAGAGUGGGCCCUUCUUCACGGCUACCCUGAGUUUACCACUGAGUAUUCUAAAAGUAACAUAUAUACAUGUAUGUACAGUAAAAAUAUACAUAUACCGCACAUAUGUAUAGUUUGCAGAAUUGGGAAUAUCGGCAACAACUACAACAGAUUUUAGACUGACACAUUCUCCUGCUUACACUGCAAAAAAGGAAUUUCAAGAAAGGAAAACAGCCUUGUAUUAAGGAAAUAAGUCUUAUUUUUUGUACUAAAAGAAUAUUUAUCUUGUCAAGCAUGUUUGGUAUUAGAAAAAUUAUCUCAUUUUAAGAGAAAAUGGCUAACUUUUUCUUGAUAAGAUUUUCCAGCUAAUUUUGAGAUAGAGUGAACCGGAAAUAGAGUACAAAAAUAAAAUAAUACAAUAAAAUCCAGCAGAGCAAUUCAUCUCAUUCUAAGAGUAAAGGUCCUUACACAACGGGAACAACGCAAACAUACGACGCAAAAUUACAAAAUAUUCAGAGGCAAAUUUUGACGCGCCUGAAUAUACAUAUAAAGUGCGAUGCGAUUUUGCGACUUUCCGGGGGGAAAAAAGACACAUCCCGGGUGGAAGCGAGAAGACUGACACAACACCAGACUGAGUGUUUUUCAGACACUAGUGUUGAGAUGUCAUGAAAGACAUAAUUUUAAGAAAUUAUGUCUUAUUUGAACUACUUUCAUGCUCAUUAAUAAUCCUAGAUUAAGGUGUAUUUUCUUGAAGUUCAUUUAUUCAAGAGACUAAAACUCUAAUUAUAAGUAACUUUAUCUUCGUUUUUCAUUUUUCAGAAAAAAUUAGAUUAAUAUAAGAUUUUCUGUCUAGUUUGAAGUUUCAUUUGAGUCUGUCAGGGCCAAGAAAUUUGUUCUUAUUUUGAGAAUUCUUGUCAAGCAAAAACAGCUUACCCCAUUGGCAGAUUUUUUUGCUUGAUACAAGAUUUUUUGAGUAAUUGUAAGAAUAUUUUGGGCUGUUUUUGCAGUGUACUUUCCUAUCAGUUGGUGAUAGUGACCUUGUAAGACAAGAAGAUACGGCUGUGCAUGCGACACGUGAACUAUCUUUACCGUAAAAAACAUCAAAACAAACAUCUUCAUUUUUUUUUCUUUGUCUUUAUUAAUCAGUGCUUUAUGCAGCCACUCAGGAACACAUAUGUUACUUGUUUGUUCAUUCAGUGCUAUGAUAUAAACAUGUCAGCCUCCAUGGAAGGGAUUCUGCUUCUGUGAUGAAAGAAAAAGCUCAAUCUAAGUUAUACAAUAAUUAAAAUAUUCUUACAAAUGUCAUAUUUUACUCUUACCUAGAUUUAUUUAUUUUUUUACUGUAUUCUACUACAAACUACACCGCCCCUUUAACAGAUUUUUCUAAUUGUUUCUGCGCUUUUCUUGCGUUAUUACAGGAGGGGAAGAGUUGCUGAAUGACGAGGAGAACGAGGAAGAGUAUUUGAAUCUUCUCUAUGAUCCCUGCUUGAACUGCUAUUUCGAUCCAAAAACAGGGAAGUACUACGAGCUAGCUUGA